AUGGACGAGGACAAUGUGCUUCCGAUCCCCAACCUGGCGCUCCAGCAGUCGCUCUUCCUCCUCGCGCACCACUCGUCUUCCCUGCCAUCCUCGACGCUCUCCGCAGCAUCCACAUCGCUGCUAGAGGGCAUCGAGAAGGACGAGAUGGCACCCUACUACUCGACCAUCCUCUCCGACCCCACGCUCAAGGCUUGCGUCAAACACGACACUGCGCUCCUCAAGCGACUCCGGGACAAGAACCAGGAAGAGCUGCGCAAGAUCGACGAGAAGCAGAAGGAAGUCGAGGAGAGCGAGGGCGACAUGGAGAUCAACGGCGUCCUCAGGCAGAGGGCCGCGUACCUGGCAAAGAUUGGUGACAAGGACAAGGCGCUCGAGGCACACGACGUGGCCAUCUCCAAGGGCGCAGGCAUCGGGUCCAAGCUUGACCUCACCAUGGCCAAGAUCCGCAUCGGCUUCUUCUUUGGCGACACCAAUGUCGUCAUCGCAGCCAUCGCCGAGGCCAAGAAGCUGGUUGAAGAAGGAGGCGACUGGGACCGGCGCAACCGCCUCAAGGUCUACGAGGGCCUCCACCUCCUCUCCGUGCGCGACUUCCAGCAGGGCGGGCAGCUCUUCCUCGAGGCGCUCAGCACCUUCACCGCCACCGAGCUGCUCGGUUACAACGACUUCAUCACGCUCACUGUGCUGGCCAACGCACUCACGCUCAAGCGCGUCGACCUCAAGAAGAAGAUCAUCGACUCGCCAGAGGUGCUCCAGGUCAUCGACGAGAUCCCUCACCUCCGCACCUAUGUCACGUCGCUGUACAACUGCGAAUACGGGGCCUUCUUCCGCGCACUCGCCGAGGUUGAGCAGGCGCAUGUUCUCCCCUCGCGCAUCCUCUCGCAACACGCGCGGUACUAUGUCCGCGAGAUGCGCAUCAUCGCCUACUCGCAGCUGCUUGAGAGCUACCGCAGCCUCUCGAUCGACAACAUGGCCACCGCAUUCGGCGUCAGCGCAGAGUUCAUCGACACGGAGCUGUCGAGGUUCAUUUCGGGAGGCAGGCUGCCCGCGGUGAUUGACAAGGUGCACGGCAUCGUCGAGACGAGGAGGCCCGAUGCCAAGAAUGCGCAGUACAACCGCAUCAUCAAGGAGGGCGAUGUGCUCUUGAACUCGCUCCAAAAGCUCUCGAGGACCGCCCUCUAG